GCGGAGCUGGGCAGGCAGGACAGGCGCAGAGGAGAGGAGGGCCAGCCGAAAGAAACUGGACAAGGGAGAAUGAUCUGAAGCACAACCGGAGCAGCCGAGAGCGAGGAGCCGGAGGACGGCGAACACGGACGGCACCUUUAGACGCCUGGAGAGGAUUUUAUAAGCAAGUGUCGCUGGGGGGACCGCGGGAUGCAUUUUUGAUGCUCUCCAUGCGGAGAAGUGAGCUAACGGACUUGUCGCUCGGCUGAACCAUGCAGCGGAUUCUGCUCCUGAGUUUGGCGCUGUGGAGUUGCCAUCGAGUGGCCGAAGCGGCCCGGUUCUCACAGGAGCCAGCUGACCAGUCGGUGGUCUUGGGCCAGCGGGUGGUUCUGUCCUGCGUGGUCUUCAACUACUCGGGCAUUGUGCAGUGGACCAAAGACGGACUGGCCCUGGGCAUCGGAGAGAACCUCGGGGCCUGGCCGCGGUAUCGUGUGUUGCGUCUAGUGGACGUUGGUCAGUAUAACCUGGAGAUCACCGACGCUGAGCUGCCUGAUGACUCGCUCUAUGAGUGCCAGGCCACGGAAGCUGCUCUGCGCUCGCGGAGAGCCAAGCUCACUGUCCUCAUCCCGCCGGAUGACCCCGUGAUCGAGGGCGGCCCGGAGAUCCUCCUGACGGCAGGCGCCCCCUUCAACCUGACGUGUGUGUCACGAGGAGCCAAGCCGGCCUCCGCCAUCGAGUGGCUCAGAGAUGGACUUCCUGUAGAGGGGGCAGUCAGCACCACGGAGCUGCUGCGUGACCGUAAGAGAGUGACCACUCGCAGCUUCCUGUCGAUCCUGCCAGUGGACACGGACACCGGACGCAACUUCACCUGCAUCACCUCCAACCAGGCCAUGCCCACCGGCAAACGCACCACCGCCAAGCUCAACGUCUACCAUCCCCCCAUAGUAACUCUAUCAAUAGAGCCACGUUCUGUACUGGAGGGAGACCGAGUCACCUUUACCUGCCAAGCCACAGCCAACCCACCUAUUAUGGGAUACAAGUGGGCGAAAGGCGGUGUGAUCCUGCAGGGGGCCAGAGAACGUGUGUUUGUGACCAAAGCUGACCACUCCUUCUUCACCGAGCCUGUGUCCUGCCUUGUGUUCAACGCCAUCGGCAGCACCAACGUCAGCAUCCUAGUGGACGUACACUUUGGACCCUACCUGGUGGUGGAGCCUCGUCCGGUGACGGUGGACAUUGACUCAGAUGUGACGCUCAACUGCAAGUGGUCAGGAAACCCUCCUCUCACCCUCACCUGGACCAAGAAGGGCUCCAGCAUGGUGCUGAGUAACAGUAACCAGCUGUACCUGAAGUCGGUGAGCCAGGUGGAUGCUGGGCAGUACGUGUGCAAGGCCAUCGUGUGCCCGUGAUCGGGAGGGGGAGAGACCGAGGGUCACCACCUACACGGGUCAACGCACCCCAGCUCAGAUAAGAUUGUGUGGGCGUGGAAGGAGAACGUGUGGGAGAAGGAGAACGGGAAACUCCCGGAGCGCUACACGGUGGAGCAGAGCAAGCCGUCACAAGGGGGCGCUGUUCUCUCCACCCUCACCAUCAACAGUGUCAUGGAGAGCGACUUCCAGUCCACGUACAACUGCACCGCCUGGAACGCCUUCGGACCCGGAACCAUGAUCAUCACUCUGGAGGAGAUGGAGAUCGUGCCGGUGGGCAUCAUCGCGGGAGGGACGGUGUGCGGCAUCAUCCUGGUGCUGCUGCUCUCUAUGGCCCUGGUGCUCUUCCUGUACCGCCAGAGGAAAGGCAGUCGCCGUGGGGUCACCCUGGGCAAGCCUGACAUCAAGGUCGAGACCAUCAACAAGGAGACGCACAGCCUGGAGGAGGACUCCGCCAGCGUUUCCACGGCAACGCGCAUGGUCAAGGCCAUGUACUCUUUUCUGCCCUCUGUGUCCCUCCCUCGGCUCCAGCCCUUUAGGAGGCUGACCUCCGACCUCAAGCAGGGCCUCGCCUUGACACACUUUCGACAGCAGCGUCAGGAUUACGAGCUCAAGGACCCCACUAAUGGCUACUAUAACGUCCGUGCCUCCACCCAUGACGAGGGCCGGCCCGCCUCUCGCUCCAUGCACUACUCCGACUACCGCUCCUCCACGACAGCAGGGGGCGCCGCUACGGUCAGCGUGAGCGCCAGCUCGGCCGGGGGCGGUGUUGUGUCCGGCGGUGCCAGCGGAGGGGGUGGCGGUGGGGGCACGCCGGGUAGCCUGGCGCCCGGUUCACGAGGCGGGGGCUGUUACGACCCCCGACCGCCCUCGCGUCUCUCCCACAACAGCUACGCGCAGUUCAACACCUUCGGCAGGGCGGGACAGAGCCAGCAGGGCGGCGCUAGCGCGGGACCCUCGCCUGGAGACUUCCCGCCCGACUGCAGCCUGCUGGACUCUUCCCCGCAGCUGGCCUACGACAACUACGCCUACCCCUCGCACUACCCGUCCUACAGGAUGGGCUUCGCUCCGCCCAGCCUGGCUCCGCUGGAGGGCGGCCCGGCCUAUGAGAUGUACGGGGUGGGGCCGUCUGUCGGGAGCGCGGCGGGGGGAAGCGGGGCUGGAGUGCCAGGAGCGGGCUCAGAGACGGGCCUGGGGAAGUACGGCAGCUCCACGCGGUUCUCGUACACCUCGCAGCAUUCCGACUACUCACACAGACACACACAGAGGAUGCAGACACACGUGUGAGCUCUCGCUUUCUCUCACACACACACACACACACACACACACACACACACACACACACAAACAGAUACACACACACAAUCAACUACACAUGCAUAUACCAACAUAUUAACAAGUAGAGUUAGCAUUCUCACUCAUUCGCACACACUCACACAGACACACAAACACACAACACUAAAGAUGAAGGAUUUCUCACAGACCUGAGAGAGAAGCGUAGAGGGAAAGAUUGGAGCCGGGAAAGAGCUUAGAGGGCACCCGACUCAGAGGAGGGGUACCCAUCCUCCUCUCUGCGUGAAUAUUUCCUCAGUUCCAGGAGCUGACAGCGAAAGUCACAAUCAGGAAAAGGGACAGAGAAGUUCAGAUCCUAGAUCUGUAACGACGAGUGCCGGCUAAAGCCAGGAGAGGAGAGGACAGGAGAGGAGAGAGAGAGCCAGCCUCACAGAGGAAAAAGGCAUCCUGGCUGGCUCGCCAGAUAGCAACUGAUUCUGGAGCAGGUCUGUCCACUGGGGCUACUCUGGAGUUGACCUUAGCUCUAGAUCUGGUUCUGCUACAGCUUUAGAGUUAAUCCAGACCAGGAUAUAGUUCUGUUUCUGCUUUGGAGUUCAAUUUAGCCCUAGACCUGGAUCUUGACUGUGGGUUAACCGGCCUUAAAUACAGAUCUGCUCCUGAGGCAGUCGCUAUCCAGAUUAGUACUGGAGGGAGAAUGACAGCGCCCCCUACCAGAGAUUCCGGUGACACCAAGGUGUACUCUCAUUGGUUUAUGUUAAAGGGGGCGGGACCUCAACCAGUGGAAGGGUCGUGAAUGGCCAUAUAUAUGUAUUUUUUUUGCUGUUUCGUUAUAUUCUGUUUAUUUGUUUGUUUGUUUAUCAUGUGGUGAUUGGUUGGUCAUCUGUGAGCACAUAUACUCGCAUAUACAUGUUGGAACGGCCCACUCGUAUCUCAUGGUGCUUUGCAGUGGGGCCUUUGUUUGCACUGCAUUCCAGUAUUCCCAUUUAAAUUACCCUUAUACGUAUAUCUACCUGUAUCCAUUUGCACACUAGACUAGAACAUUCUCUAUGUUUUAAUAUUGCAGAAUUUACAGAAUUAUUUUUGUCAUAUUUCUGUAACAAAUUGUGGACCAAAGGUUCAGCGUUUAGAGUAUCAGUCUUAAUUUGGGUGAUAUUCACCUCAACAAGUACGGAAAUAUGCAGACGUUUGUUUUGUUGUUGUUCACCUGUCUGGACUCGUAGUUAUGAAGGGUGGGUGGGUUGAGGUGUGGACAGGAAGAGGCGGGGCUUAGAGUGGAAGUCAGCCUUAAGGCUGUGGAUUGUGUUUAGGUUUAGGUACUUCACCUAGUCACACAGAGAUCAGCAAAUCCGACCUCCUGCACACACACACACACACACAAGCACACAGACACACACACACACAUCACUGUACAGAAAGAAACCCCAAUAGACUCUCCUCCCAUACACACACCCAGUCAGUUGGCACACACGUACCCCAAGAGAACACACACCUACCUUUGAAGGACCUGAGAGGGGGACUCUGAGACCGACCGGUACACGCAGAGAUCCACACACUCUCUGCUGGGCAUCACAGACGGAGGAGGAGGAGGAGGAGGAGGAGGAGGAGGAGUGGGGAGAUGAAGAGGACCACAGACAAGAGGAUGAAGACAGACCCUCAUACCAGGCUCUCAGAACUGAACUGACCCAGAGUCUGCUUAGUCUUUUAUUUCCCCACGACUAGCCUCUCCGUCUUCGUCCGAAUUCCACUUUUUUUGCGUCGCAAAAAAACAAAACAAAACGAAACAAAAAAAAAUAGGAAGAAGAGUGAGUGAGUCCUGUAAAUACUUGUAAUACCUACUUCAGAUAUGAUUUCACAUCAGUGUGAUGUUCUUCUUAAAAUGCAGUAUUGUUAUGUUUUCCGUUGCUUGACAGAAACAUUUUGAAAGGAAAGACUGGGGUGGGGGGGUUACCUUGUUGCCUGUUGAGACCACAACAAGCAGUUAGCUUUGCUAGCGCACCGUCUCAACGUGCUUUAGAGAUGGACAAAGAUCGGGAGCGUGCGACAAGGAGGGAGGGGGCAGGCAUGGAAUGGAUGCUUCGUCAACAACUGCCCUCAUUGACAAGACUCAGUCAUCGGCCCCUUGAGCGUGAUUGGAUAACACAGUGGUCUGUUAGCAGACUGGAGUUGUGAUUGGAUAACACAGUGGUCUGUCAGCAGACUGGAGUUGUGAUUGGAUAACACAGUGGUCUGUCAGCAGACUGGAGUUGUGAUUGGUGGCUGUAAGGGGCGGAGUUAGCGGCUGAAGCUCCAUGAUUGGUGGAGAGAGAGAGAGCGUAUACAAGAGGAGGGAGGGGGGUUCAAACUUUGAGUGGCCUUAGGAAAAACCUGUCUUAUACCUAGUUAUUCUUCUUCCCCACACUUUAUCAGCCACUAAUAGGCCCGGGGAUUGUGGAAAGAUUGAAUGUGUGUAUGAAUGGGUUUGUGUGAGUGCGGGAAAACUCGUGUUCAUGGGUGUGUGUGUGUGUCAGUGUGUGUGUGCGUUCUUGCAGGCAUUUGUGCCUGUGUGUGUUUGUAUGUGUGCAGGCCUAUGUGUGUUCAAACACGCACAUGGCCAUGUGUGUGUGUGUGUGUGUGUGUGGUAUGGGUUUCAGUGUGCUGAGGUCUUUGUGUGUGUGAUUUCUUUACUUCCUCUCCACAAUCCCUCUCUUGUACCUUUGUUCAGCUGGUAGGACUGUAUCCUGUAUUCUUGUGUCUUUAGGAAAUAAACAUCGAUCUUACUGUACUGUUCUUCGUAGCUGAGAAAAAAAACAAAGAAAAGAAAAACGUUCAACUGAUGUACAACAAAAGUUAUUGAACUUUCAUUUUUUAUUUCAUUUUAAUUUUUUCAAUAUUUUUUAAAAAUGGUAUGUAAUUAUUUUUCCACAGUAUUACAGAAAUAAAAAAGCACUGUUUUUAUAA